CCUCCCAGAUAGAGGGCUUUUGUUCUGCAUCUAAUGUUUUCAUUAGGAAACUGGGCGCAACCAAGGGCGCGAGAGUGAGUGCAGGGCAAAGAGUGAGGGAGGAGAGAGAGAGAAGGAAGGAAGGAAGGAAAAAAUUGCAUACAGUCUAGGUUAGCGUUCAGGAGAUUUUUGGGCACUGAAUACACUCUCCUCUCCUCCGCCAUGACCCGCCCUGCCACCAUCUCACUUGGACUUCUGCUCCUCCUUAUUGCCUACACAGCUGCAGGACCUGAGUCUGAGCUCCAACCCAGAGCUGUCCGGUCGAGUGCCUGUCAGGACCACAGUACUCUUCAUGACAGACUGGAUGUAGUGGAGAAGCGUGUAGAGGACACAGUCCAGAAGCUAGAGGCUGAGCUGGCUGUGCUACUGGAUGCCAUAGAGGCCCCUGAGUGGAGCCCCCUGCUGGAAACUGCUGGAAAACCUGUGGUGGACAUCCUGGACGGCCAGGGACUGGGAGAAGGUGGCGACUCCUGAGAGAGGAGAGCAGAGAUCUCUGUUGGGUGGCUAUGCUACUUCACUCUGCCCUGAUGAGGGUGCACCUGGCAAGGACAGACAAUGAAAGACACUUUAAUGUACAAUCUUUGUUUUUCUGGAGUUGGAAGUGUACACAAACUGUAUAAAACAAGCCCUUUAAAGAGUAAACACAGGCUUAGUAUGUAUUCUGUGCAACAGUUGAUAGAUCCCGACACUAAAGCUUACUUGUCUGCAUAAUACACUCCUCUAAUCCUCA